AGUGACCUAUGAGGAUGUGCAUGUGAACUUCACUCAUGAAGAGUGGGCUUUGCUGGAUUCUUCCCAGAAGAGUCUCUACAAAGAUGUGAUGCUGGAAACCUACUGGAACCUCACUUGUAUAGGUUACAAAUGGGAAGACCAUAAUAUUGAAGAACACUGUCAGUGCUGUAGAAGAAUUGGAAGCAGGUGUGUCAUCUGUCCCUCUGGACACAAUCCAUGUGAGCAUAAGGGAUAUGGAAAGAAGCAUUGUAGUUCUGUCUCUCUCAGAACAAGUGGAAGGUAUAUGGUAGUCCCCACUAUGAGAAGACAUGAUGACUGUGAUACAAGUUUACAAUUAACUGGUUUUCCAACUUCAGUGGGAAUUCAUCAACAAACUUCCAUUGGAAAAAAACCUUAUGAGUACCAGGAAUAUGGAAAUACAUCUCUCUCUUUGGGUUCACUGUGUAUAUGUAGUGAGGCUCUCAGUAUAAGAAAAUGUUAUAAAUACAAUCAGUGUGGUCCAACUCUUAGUUCUUCAAGUUCUCUUCAAGGAUGUGAAAAAACUCAUAUGUUAAGAGAAAAUAAUAAAUGUGAGUCAUCUACCAAAGGCUUUAGCCAUUACAGGCAUCUUCAAACACACCAAAUACCCAAUAAUGAAGAGAAUCUAUAUGAAUAUAAUCAAUGCGAUAAAGUCUUUAGAUGUGAUUGGUCGUUAAAACACCAAAGAACACAUUUGGAAGGAAAACCCUGUGAUUAUAAUCAAAGAUAUAAAGACUUUGCAUGUCACAGUCUUCAUCAAGUACAUAGAAUUCAAACUAGGGAGAAAAGGUAUGAAUCUCAGCAAUGUGAUAAAGCCUUUGCAUGUCCCAUAAUACAUAAUAGAAGUUACACUGGAGAGAAACCCUAUGAAUGUAAUCACUGUGGUAAAGCCUUUGCAGAGAACAGAAGCCUUCAUAGUCAUGUAAGGUUUCAUACUGUAGAGAAACCCUAUAAAUGCAAUCAGUGUGGUAAAGCCUUUAGAGGGAACAAUCAUCUUCUCCGUCAUGAAAGAAUUCAUACUGGAAAGAAACCCUAUGAAUGUCAUGAAUGUGGUAAAGCUUUUGCACAAAAGAGUUAUCUUCUCAUUCAUGAAAGAGUUCAUAAUGGAGAGAAACCUUAUGCAUGUAAUCAAUGUGGUAAAGCCUUUCCAUAUAAUAGUCAUCUUCUCACUCACUUAAAAAUUCAUACUGGAGAGAAACCGUAUGAAUGUAAUCAAUGUGGCAAACGCUUUGCACAGAAGAGUCAUCUUCUCAGUCAUGAAAGAAUUCAUACCGGAGAGAAACCCUAUGAAUGUAAUCAGUGUGGUAAAGCCUUUGCACAAAAGAGUCAUCUUCUCAGUCAUGUAAGAAUACAUACUGGAGAGAAACCCUAUGAAUGUAAUCAAUGUGGUAAAGCCUUUGCAGGGAAGAGAAAUCUUCACAAACAUGAAAUAAUACAUACUGGAGAGAAACCCUAUGAAUGUAUUGAAUGUGGUAAAGCCUUUGCAGAGAAGAGAGAUCUUCACAGACAUGAAAUAAUUCAUACUGGAGAGAAACCCUAUGAAUGUAAUGAAUGUGGUAAAACCUUUGCACAGAAGAGUCAUCUUCAUACUCAUGCAAGUCUUCAUACUGGAGAGAAACCCUAUGAAUGUAAUCAAUGUGGUAAAGCCUUUGCAUUGAAGAGUUAUCUUCUCAGUCAUGUAAGAAUACAUACUGGAGAGAAACCCUAUGAAUGUAAUGAAUGUGGUAAAGCCUUUGCAGUGAAGACAAAUCUUCACAGACAUAAAAUAAUUCAUACUGGAGAGAAACCCUAUGAAUGUAAUCAAUGUGGUAAAGCCUUUGCAUGGAAGAGUCUUCUUCACAGACAUGAAAUAAUACAUACUGGAGAGAAACCCUAUGAAUGUAAUGAAUGUGGUAAAACCUUUGUACAGAAGAGUCAUCUUCAUGCUCAUGCAAGUCUUCAUACUGGAGAGAAACCCUAUGAAUGUAAUCAAUGUGGUAAAGCCUUUGCAUUGAAGAGUCAUCUUCUCAGUCAUGAAAGAAUUCAUAAUGGUGAGAAACCCUAUGAAUGUAAUCAAUGUGGUAAAGCCUUUGCAUUGAAGGGUCAUCUUCACAGUCAUGAAAGAAUUCAUAAUGGUGAGAAACCCUAUGAAUGUAAGAUGUGUGGUAAAACCUUUGCAGAGAAGGGAAGCCUUCACAGUCAUGAAAGAUUUCAUACUGGAGAGAAACCCUAUAAAUGUUUUGAAUGUGGUAAAGCCUUUAGAGGGAAGAAUAGUCUUCUCAGUCAUGAAAGAAUUCAUACUGGAGAGAAACCCUAUGAAUGUCAUGAAUGUGGUAAAACCUUUGCACAGAAGAGUUAUCUUCUUAGUCAUGAAAGAAUUCAUACUGGAGAGAAACCUUAUGCAUGUAAUCAAUGUGGUAAAGCAUUUGUACAGAAGAGUGAUCUUCACAGACAUGAAAGAAUUCAUACUGGAGAGAAACCCUAUGAAUGUAAUCAAUGUGGUCAAGCCUUUGUACAGAAGAAUGUUCUCCACAGACAUGAAAGAAUUCAUACUGGAGAGAAACCCUAUGAAUGUAAUCAAUGUGGUAAAGCCUUUGCAGAGAAGAGAAGUCUUCACAGUCAUGAAAGAUUUCACACUGGAGAGAAACCUUAUAAAUGUAAUCGAUGUGGUAAAGCCUUUAGAGUGAAGAAUAGUCUUCUCAGUCAUGAAAGAAUUCAUACUGGAGAGAAACCCUAUGAAUGUAAUCAAUGUGGUAAAGCCUUUGCACAGGAGAGUUAUCUUCUCAGUCAUGAAAGAAUUCAUACUGGAGAGAAACCUUAUGCAUGUAAUCAAUGUGGUAAAGCAUUUGCAAAGAUGCGUGAUCUUCACAGACAUGAAUUAACUCAUACUGGGGAGAAACCCUAUGAAUGUAAUGAAUGUGGCAAACCCUUUGCACAGAAGAGUCAUCUUCUGAGUCACAAAAGAAUUCAUACUGGAGAGAAACCCUAUGAAUGUAAUCAAUGUGGUAAAGCAUUUGCACUGAAGAGUCAUCUUCUCAGUCAUGAAAGAAUUCAUACUGGAGAGAAACCCUAUAAAUGUAAUCAAUGUGGUAAAGCAUUUGCACAGAAGAGUCAUCUUCUCAGUCAUGAAAGAAUUCAUACUGGAGAGAAACCCUAUGAAUGUAAUCAGUGUGGUAAAGCCUUUGCAGAGAAGAGUCAUCUUCUCUGUCAUGAAAGAAUUCAUAAUGGAGAGAAACCCUAUGAAUGUAAUCAAUGUGGUAAAGCCUUUGCACGGAAGAGUCAUCUUCAUAGACAUGAAAGUCUUCAUAGAGAGAAACCCUAUGAUUGUAAUCAGUGUGGUAAAGCAUUUGCAUGUAACAGUCAUCUUCUCAGUCACUUAAAAAGUCAUACUGGAGAGAAACCCUAUGAAUGUAAUCAAUGUGGUAAAGCAUUUGCACAGAUACAUGAUCUUCACAGACAUGAAUUAAUUCAUACUGGAGAGAAACCCUAUGAAUGUAAUUAGUGUGGUAAAGCCUUUACAGAGAAGAGAAGUCUUCACAGACAUGAAAUAAUUCAUACGGGAGAGAAAUCCUUUGAAUGUAAUCAACGUGGUCAAGCCUUUGCAGAGAAGAGUGUUCUUCACAGACAUGAAAUAAUUCAUACUGGAAAGAAACCCUAUGAAUGUAAUCAAUGUGGUAAAGCCUUUGCACAGAAGAGUCAUCUUCUCAGUCAUGAAAGAAUUCAUACUGGAGAGAAACCCUAUGAAUAUAAUGAAUUUGGUAAAGCCUUUACAGAGAAGAGAAGUCUUCACAGUCAUGAAAGAAUUCAUACUGGAAAGAAACUCUGUGAAUGUAAUGAUUGUGGUAAUACCUUUGCACACAAGAGUCAUCUUUACAGUCAUGAAAAAAUUCAUACUGGACAGUACCAUAUGGAUGUAAUCACGUGGUAAUUUCAGAUGUGAUCUGCCAUGUGGGUGCUGGAAAAUGAAUUGUGUUUUCUACAAGAGGUACUUGCUGGAGUCCAGCUCCAUAGGAAUUCAGGUCCCUUAGGAGGAGAUGGGGCAUUAGCAAAGGAAGGAGACUGCCACGAUCUUAGCGUGAAUCAGCAUGGCUGCUGCUUUAUUGAAAAAGGACUAUACCCUUUAUACUGUAUAACUGAAUCUCAGUUUAGAUUAAAGCAAGGUUAAAAACAGACUUGAUGAUUCCAGGCUAAAAGCAGCUAUCAACCUCAUCACAUAAUUUUUCCUGAGUCAAAAGUGAUAAAUUCAGCAAGUAUCUAAAUGCCUUUGUGGAUGUGAGCCCAUUGUUUCCUUCCAGUGUGCUUUCAUCCUUGGAACUAGGUAUGCUCAGUUAGUAAAUCAUUAAGUUCUCUAUUCUUGGUGUAAUCAGGGGGAUACAAUGGGGAUUCUUGUGUGAGAGUAGGCAUAGUCAUUAUGCUAUGUGGUUCCAUUGUGGUGGGGAUUUUUUCCAAGAAUUUUGAUUAAAUAGACUGCUUAUGUAUACAUUCUCAUCUCCCAUUGUAGCUCACAAAAAAAUUUCCCACAGUGAUAGCGAUAAGGAGACUUCAUCACAUAUAGUGAGAAUUAUUAAAAUUGAAAUAAAAAAUGCCGGAGAAUUAAGAUCUGCAAAGUAAAAAUGCUGGAACUUUAUCAAAUAGCAAUGGUCACUGUGCAGUCCACACUAGGUACUAAACGCUAAACCAUCUCUCAUCCCUUUUUCCUUUAUUUAUUUAUUUAUUUAUUUAUUUAUUUAUUUAUAUUUUAUUAUUUAUUUUUAAAAUUAAUUAAUUUUUCUAUUGUCAGCUUGAUACAGUAUAAAUUGUUAUCUUAAUAGUGAAAUGUUUCAGUGAGGCUUGCUCAGUAAUUGAGUAAAACCAAAACUUAUUAUAAGCCAUAGUCAUCCUAGGGUCCACCAUGCUAUAUAUAUAGCCUCCAUGGUUCUGUGAGUUGCAGUCUGAUUGUUCUUUACUUUAUAUCUAGUAUCCACUUAUGAGUGAGUACAUACCAUGUUUGUCCUUCUGGGUUUGGGUUAACUCACUCGGGAUGAUUGUUUUCUAGUUCCAUCCAUUUGCCUGCAAAUUUCAUGCUGUCAUUGUUUUUCUCUGCUGAGUAGUACCCCAUUUUGUAUAUGCACCACAUGUUCUUAAUCCAUUCUUCAGUUGACGGGCAUCUAGGUUGUUUCCAGGUUCUGGCCAUUACAAAUAGUGCUGUUCUGAACAUAGGUGAGCAUGUAUCUUUGUGGUAUGAUUGAGCAUUCCUGGGAUAUGUGCCCAAGAGUGGUAUGGCUGGGUCUUGAGGUAGUUCAAUUCCUAAUUUUCUGAGAAAACACCAUACUGAUUUCCAGAGUGGUUGUACAAGUUUGCAUUCCCACCAACAGUGGAGAAGUGUUCCCUUUGCUCUACAUCCUCUCCAACAUAGACUGUCAUUAGUGUUUUUGAUCAUAGCUAUUCUGACAGGUGUAAGGUGGUAUCUCAGAGUCGUUUUGAUUUGCAUUUUUCUGAUGAUUAAGGAUGUUGAGCAUUUCUUUAAAUGUCUUUCACCCAUUUGUGAUUCUUGUUUUGUGAAUUCUCUGUUUAGCUCUUUAGCCCAUUUUUUAAUUGGAUUGUUCAGUAUUUUGAUGUCUAGUUCCUUGAGUUCUUUAUAUACUGUGGAGAUCAGUCCUCCAUCAGAUGUGGGGUUCGUGAAGAUCUUUUCCCAUUCUGUAGGCUGUCUUUUUGUCUUAUUGACCAUGUCUUUUGCCUUGCAGAAGCUUCUCAGUUUCAAUAGGUCCCAUUUAUUAAUUGUUGUGCUCAGUGUCUGUGCUGUUGGUGUUAUGUUUAGGAAGUGGUCUCCGAUGCCAAUGCUUUCAAGAGUACUUCCUACUUUCUUUUCUAUUAAGUUUAGUGUAACUGGAUUUAUGUUGAGGUAUUUGAUCCACUUGGACUUGAAUUUUGUGUGUGGUGACAGAUACGGAUCUAUUUGUAAUCUUUUACAUAUUGACAUCCAGUUAUGCCAGCACCAUUUGUUGAAGAUACUUUCUUUUUUCCAUUGUAUAGUUUUGGCUUCUUUAUCAAAAAUCAGGUGUUCAUAUGUGCAUGGAUUAAUGUCAGGGUCUUCAGUUCUAUUCCAUUGGUCCGUAUGUUGGUUUUUAUAUCAGUACCAAGCUGUUUUUAUUACUAUAGCUCUAUAGUAGAGCUUGAGGUCAGGGAUGGUGAUGCCUCCAGAGGUUGCUUUAUCAUACAGGAUUCUUUUAGCUAUCCUGGGUUUUUUGUUUUUCCAUAUGAAGUUGAGUAUUUUUCUUUCCAAGUCUGUGAAGAAUUGUGUUGGGAUUUUGAUGGGGAUUGCAUUGGAUCUGUAGAUUGCUUUUGGUAAGAUUGCCAUAUUUACUAUGUUAAUCCUAACUAUCCAUGAGCAUGGGAGAUCCUUCCAUUUUCUGAUGUCUUCUUCAAUUUCUUUCUCUACAGAUUUAAAGUUCUUAUCAAAAAGUUCCUUCACUUGUUUAGUUAGUGUUAUCCCACGGUAUUUUAUUUUAUUUGUGGCUAUUAUAAAGGGUGAUGUUUCUCUGACUUCUUUCUCAGCCCUUUUAUCAUUUGUAUAUAGGAGGGCUACUGAUUUUUUUGAGUUGAUCUUGUAUCCUGUCACUUUACUGAAGGAGUUUAUCAGCUGUAGAAGUUCCCUGGUAGAAUUUUUGGGGUCACUUAUGUAUACUAUCUUAUCAUCUGCAAAUAGUGAAAGUUUGACGUCUUCCUUUCCAAUUUGUAUCCCUUUGAUCUCCUUUUGUUGUCUUAUUGCUUUAGCUAGAACUUCAAGUACUAUAUCAAAUAAAUAUGGGGAGAGUGGAUAGCCUUGUCUUGUUCCUGAUUUUAGUGGAAUCACUUUGAGUUUCUCUCCAUUUAAUUUGAUGUUGACUGUUGGCUUGCUGUAAAUUGCCUUUAUUAUGUUUAGGUAUGUUCCUUGUAUUCCUGAUCUCUCUAGGACCUUUAUCAUGAAGGGGUGUUGGAUUUUGUCAAAGGCUUUUUCAGCAUCUAAUGAGAUGAUCAUAUGGUUUUUUUCUUUCAGUUUGUUUAUAUGGUAUAUUACACUGACAGAUUUUCAUAUGUUGAACCAUCCUUGCAUCACUGGGAUGAAACCUACUUGGUCACGAUGGAUAAUUUUUUGAUGUAUUCUUGGAUUCGGUUUGCCAAUAUUUUGUUGAGUAUUUUACAUCAAUGUUCAUGAGGGAGAUUGAUUUGUAAUUCUCUAUCUUUGUUGCCUCUUUGUGUUUUGGGUAUCAGGGUAAUUGUAGCCUCACAAAAAGAGUUUGGUAGUGUUCCUUCUGUUUCUAUUGUGUGGAACAAUUUGAAGAGUAUUGGAAUUAGUUCUUCUUUGAAAAUCUGAUAGAAUUCUGCACUGAGGCCAUCUGGUCCUGGGCUUUUUUUGGUUGGGAGACUUUUAAUGACUGUUUCUAUUUCUUUAGGGGUUAUUGGUCUAUUUAAAUGGUUUAUCUGGUAUUGAUUUAAUUUUGGUAUGUGGUAUCUAUCCAGAAUAUUGUCCAUUUCUUUUAGAUUUUCCAUUUUUGUGGGGUACAGGUUUUUGAAGUAUGACCUGAUGAUUCUCUGGAUUUCCUCAUUGUCUGUUGUUAUGUCUCCCUUUUCAUUUCUGAUUUUGUUAAUUUGGGUGCUUUCUCUUUGCCUUUUGGUUAAUUUGGCUAGGGCUUUGUCUAUCUUGUUGAUUUUUUUCAAAGAACCAACUCUUUGUUUCAUUGAUUUUUUUUUUGUAUUGUUCUCUUGGCUUCUGUUUCGUUGAUUUCAGCCCUCAAUAUGAUUAUUUCCUGUUGUCUAUUUCUCCUGGGUGAGUUUGUUUCUUUUUUUUCUAGAGUUUUCAGUUGUGCUGUUAAUUCAUUGAUAUGGGAUUUCUCCAUCUUCUUUAUGUGUGCAUUUAGAGCCAUGAAUUUUCCUCUUAGCACUGUUUUCAUAGUGUCCCAUAAGUUUGGGUAUGUUGUACUUUCAUUUUCAUUGAAUUCUAGGAAAUCUUUAAUUUCUUUCUUUAUUUCUUCCUUUACCCAUUGAUGUUUCAGGUGGGCAUUAUUCAGUUUCCAUGUGAUUGUAGCCUUUCUAUAAUUUUUGUUGUUGUUUAAGUCUAACUUUAAGGCAUGGUAGUCCGAUAAGAUACAGGAGGUUAUUCCAAUUUUUUUGUAUCUGUUGAGAUUUGUUUUGUGACCAGGCAUGUGGCCAAUUUUUGAGAAGGUUCCAUGGGGUGCUGAGGAGACGUUAUAUUCUUUUGUGUUAGGAUGGAAUGUUCUGUAGAUAUCUAUUAAGUCCAUUUGAAUCAUAACAUCUGUUAGGUCCUUUAUUUCUUGGUUAAGUUUUAGUGUGGUAGAUCUGUAUUUUGGUGAGAAUGGUGUGUUGAAAUCUCCCACUACUAAUGUGUGGGGUUUGAUAAUUAAAUUUCUGGCUUGAAAAUGCCAAUGCAGCAUGCAAAAGGGUAAUUAGGCUGUUAAAGCCAUGAUCAGCACCCUUUGAGUAGUGGAUUAGAGAUACAAUUAAUAUUGAAUCUCAUGAUGAUGAUACUUGGAUAGGAGAGGUGUUUUCCAGAGGACUGAAGAAAAAUGUCAGAUGCUUUAAUUAUGGUAAGCAAGGUCACCUAAAAAGGGACUGUAAACAGGGCAUUCCUAGAAACAAUAUUUCUUCAAGGAACAAUGGCAGCAGAACGCUCCUCUUUUCUGGAUUAUGCAGAAGGUGUGGUAAAGGCAAACAGCAGACUAAUGAAUGUAGAUCAACAAGGGACAGACAAGGUCAUCCUUUGCCUUUGCCAUUGGGAAACUCCCUGAUGGGCCUCUUGAUGGGUCUCUCGCAGGCCCACAUGGCAAAUUCUGUUCAGUCUUUUCUUGCCAUUGUAGAAGAAAAUCCCUCCCAGAGCAAUUCAAUAUCCAAAUGCUUAUUGUAAUAAACCAUAGUGCUUGGGGUGAUAGAACAGCUAUAGCAGAGAGAACAAAAAAUUCAGGAAAAACCAUAAAGUGAAUUUUUUGUCAAACUUCUAUAAAUGAACAAAGACCAAAAAUUGAAAAUAUGAAUAAAUGAUGUUCUUAUUGAGGGUCUUGUAGACACAGUUGUGGAUGUAACAAUAAUUGCACCAGAAUCUUGGUAUCCAGAUUGGCCUCUUCAGGAGGUAAAUGUUCAGCUGUUAGGGACUGGAACAUUAUCUCAAGUGAAACAGAGCAUGAAAUGGGCCAAAUGUAUAGGGCCAGAAGGACAGACAGGAAAAUUAAAGGCAUAUGUGGCUAUGAAUUUAUAGGGCUGUGAUUUAUUACAGCAGGAAUACCCAGAUAAACAUUCCUCCAAUCUCAGAAACAAACCACAAACUAGCACAUGUUUCUGAGAAAAAUAUUAGAAGAUAUUAUAAAGAACAGUCACCAGCCAUCCAGAUUGUACUAGAACAGAGCACAACAGCUGCUGAUCUUUUAAAGACACUAUCAGCCCUGCCUUUAAAAUGGUUAACAGACAAGUCUUAUGGGUUCAGCAAUUGCAUUUAACAGCAGAGAAACUAGAGGCCUUAGAACAGCUGGUACAAGAGCAGUUAAAUGCUCAACAUAUUGAUGAAUCAACCAGGCCUUGGAAUUCUCCUGUAUUUGUUAUUAAAAAGAAAUCUGGUGAGUGGAGAAUGGUAACAGAUCUAAGAGCAAUUAACAAGGUAAUUCAUCCAAUGGGCUCUCUACAAUCUGGAAUUCCUUUGCCUACUCUGUUACCUAAAGGAUGGCCUGUUUUUUCCCCUGCCUUUGGAUGCCGUCUUAUAGUUACCAAUUUAAAAGACUGUUUCUUCUUAAUACCUUUACAAGAAAAGGAUGAUAAGAUUUGCCUUCACAGUGCCUACUUAUAAUAAUUCUCCGCUGGUUAAGAGAUAACAAUGGAAGGUUCUCCCACAGAGAAUGUUAAAUAGUCCAACCCUGUGCCAAUAUUUUUUAUGACAGCCAUUGAACGUAAUACAUAAACAACUUCUUGAAUCUAUAAUAUAUCAUUACAUGGAUGAUGUUUUACUAGCUGAUUCAUUGCAGAUACCUUAGAAUGUUUUAAGAAGUAAAGAAAAACUUGCCUUGUUGGAGAUUACAAAUUGCUCCUGAAAAGAUACAAAGAGGAGAUUCUAUUAAUUAUUUAGGAUAUAAAAAUAGGUCUAUAAAAAUUAGAUCCCCAAAAGGCCAAAUUAAGAGAGAUCUUUUAGGGACUCUUAAUGACUUUCAAAAAUUAUUUGGAAACAUUUCCUAUCUAUGAAUUGCUGUUGGUGUAAAAAAUGAUGAACUGAGUAAUUUGUUCAAAACCUUAGAGGGUGACAAGGACUUAAAUAGUCCAAGAGAAUUAUCAGCUGAAGCUGAGAGAGAAUUGGCUUUGGAGGAAAAGAAAAUACAGGAUGCACAUGUGGAUCGUGUGGAUGCAAAGCUUGAUUGCAUUUGGCUAUUUUACCCUCUAAGCAUUUUCCUACAGGAAUAUUAAUGCAGAGAGAAGAUAUUAUAUAGAAUGGAUAUUUCUACCAAAUAGUGUAAAAAAGUUAAAAACUUAUGUGGAAAAGAUCUUUGAGUUGAUUUUAAAAGGAUUUGUUAGGAAUAGACCCAGCAGAAAUUGUUGUACUUUUAACUAAUGAUGAAAUUGACAAAUUAUAGGCAGAAAGUAAAGCUUGGCAAAGAGCUUGCAGUAAUUUUUUGGGAGGGAUUAACAACAAAUAUCUCAAAAAAAUAGAAUUCAAGUUAUAAAAGGAGCUAACUGUAUGCUGACUGCAUUUACAGGAAACACCCAUGUCUGGGGCUUGUACAUCUUAUACAGAUGCAAACAAACAAGGAAAGGUUACAAAUCAGAAAAUUUAAGUUAAGUGGUUCAAAGUCCUUAUAAUUCUGUCCAAAAAUUGGAGUUAUAUGCUACUCUGAUGGUAUUAAUGGAUUUUUUUUUAGAACCUCUCAACAUAGUUACUGACUCCCAGUAUGCUGACAGAGUGGUCUUACAUAUUGAGUCUGCAGAAUUUAUCUCUGAUGAGUCAGAAUUAACUGAGAAAGUUCCAUGAGUGAGAAAGGUAUGUGCACCUUAACCAGUCCAUCCACUCCAGCCACCUCUCAGAAAGGGAGAAUAGUUGCCAGGUUAGCAUGGCUUGAGUUGGGUCCCUUAGCAGCUUGAGAGCAAGUGACAGGAAGAGUGAAGGUGCGAUCUCACAGAGAUCGGCCUUCCUCUGCCUCCCGAGUGCUGGGAUUAAAGGCAUGUGCCACCACUGCCCAGCUACUAUUCCUUUCUUUCUUUCUUUUUUUAUUUUAAUUUUACAUUUAUUUAAAUAUUGUUUAGUUACCUUUCAUAUUGCUCAGGUUUAUAUAUCUAAUUAAUUUGUUGCAUGAAUUUAGGUAUCUUCUCACACACAUAUCAUAAAGUCUUAUCUAGUUUUAUGCUUGACAUUUCCAAUUGCAGUUGUAAAAUGUUCUGUGGAACUGAGUUAUGAGACAUUUUUCUAUUACCAGCAUAGAAUAGUACCAUUGAAGUCAUAAAGCCCCUUUAUGUGGUACACGCGUGUUGCUUUCCUCUUGAAAGUACAAAUUAUUGAUUUGGUAGAGGACUGUGAUGGCAAAAUCACCACAGAUCACUGUCACAGAUGUGAGAGGUGAUUGUUAUACAGAGCAGGGAAAUGGGUAAAGGCAAACUGCCAGGCCUUGUGUCAAAUAUCAAGCACAAAGUACUAUUCUUUACAAGAAAGAGUCACAGUGUCUACUAACACUGACCCUUGAGGUUUGUUAUGUGGUCUCUGCUGCACAGACACAUGGUGGGAGCCCACAGGUUUGUUGAUGGGACCAGUGAGGGACAAAGUCUGCAGUUCUGGUAUCCUACCUCCAGACACUGCUAGUAAGAGGUCUAUGGGAAAAUCACCCAUGGAAGCCAUUUAUUUCAUCAGUAUAGUUUGAUAGUGAGUACAAGAUCCAGACUUCUCACAAGGUUAUUAUAAAGCUCAAAAAAAGAGAAAAAAAAUGCUAUCCCUCCCCUUAGAGUGCAGAGAAUCCUGUGGGAAAGGAGGCAGAAGGAGUCAGGGAGACAGGGGCAUAGAGGACACCAGGAAAACAAGGCCCUAUAAAACUGAGCAUAGCUCAUAUGAACCCGCAGAGACUGAAGCAGCAAUCACAUGGCCUACAGAGGGCACCAAGUCCUCUGCAUGUAUACUAUAGCUGUCAGUUUAGAACAUUUAUGAGACUCUUGAAUGUGUAAAUGAGUGUGUCUUUGAUUCUUGUGCCUUCUCUUGGGGGUCUUUUAUUUUUCUGUUGUUCAAAUUUGAUAUAAUGGUUUUCAUUUUAUUUCAUUAUAUUUUAUUUUGUUAUGUUUUGUUUUUAUCUCUUAGAAGCCUGUUCUUUGCAAAUGAGAGAUAGAAAGGGUGUGGAUCCAGAUGUGAGAGGAGGUGGGGAAGAACAGGGAGGAGUAGAGUGAGGGGAAACUGUAUUCAGAUUAUAUUGUAUGACAGAAGAAUCUAUGUUUUAAUAAAAUAGAAAAAAUCUUAAAACACUAGAGUUCCUUUUUGAGCAGAGGGACAGACAAUGAAUGAGGGCACAGUAGGGAGAUGACAGUGCUAGCCUGAGGCACCAUGAUUAUGACCGGGCUCUCUUCAUUCUUGGUAAUAGGAGGAAUCCAGCAACCAUGUGUCUGUUCUCAUCAGUCAUAAAGAUGAAGCAAACAGAUGAACUGUGCUGUCCUUGUCACAUCAGGGUCCAAAAGAUACAUUUUAGACAUUGAGUUAAAAUAAAUUACAAAUUGUAGAGAAUCUCACAACCAAAAAUGAGUUAUAAGUUCAGAAAACAUUGAACUGUGAGGUUGGAUGGUUUAAAAAGUACUCAAUAGGAAUUACUGUAAGCUCCAAGUAUUUGUGAUGCUUGGAAGGACUUUUGGGGGAAAUUCCAAAUGCAGAAUGUCACCCACUUCUGUCUAACUAUCUAUCUGUGCAAAGAUAAUGAUGGAGCUACAAGUGCACAGUGCAAGAGGUUUAUCCUCACUCCUGUUAUACACAACCAAAUCAUGCAGAGAGCACCAGGAAUGGACAAAGAUUUCCUAUACAGCAUUACUUAUAGCCACAAAAGAUAGGUCUACUAUGAGUGAGUACUCCUUUUACUUAGCAGAGACAUUGCUGUUCUUCCUGUCAAGCCUGCUCCUAUGGGAGAAUGUAGUCUCCAUGACCCUUUGUUCCAAAAAACAAACGAAACAAAACAAAACCCCAAAAACCUGUCUACUGGCAGCAGGCCCCUGGGGAAUUGUUUGACUGACUACUCAACUCUCCAGUCAUCUACAUUUAUAACCUGUCUUCAGAAAUGUCCACUGAAUUUAUAAGUAUCUCUUAUUUCUUCCACAAAGCAGCCUUCACCACAGCUCAACAAGAAAGCAUCAUGAAGCAAAUUUCAAAUGAAAUACUUCGAUAGAAAAAAAAAAAAAACUUCAGCCACUAGAAUGGAGAACAAAGUGGAUGUUUCAUGAACUCUCAAAAAAUUUCCAUGCUGGCCAGCACCCAAUUGGACUAAGAGAGCCUUUGUCCAGUGACUGAUGGAGGCAGAUGCAGAGAUCCAUGGCCAGGUACCAGGCUGAGCUCUGGGAAUCCAAUCAAUGAGAGAGAGGAGGGAAUCUGCAGGCGGGGGACAUUGAGAUAAUGAUGGGAAGAUGUGCAGAGAUGACAGGCCACAUUAGUGGAAGCCCAUGAACUGUAGACUAGUGGCUGUGGAGCCCCCAUUGGACUGGACUAGGCCCUCUGGAUAUGGAAGAUGGUUGUUUGGCUCAAGCUGUUUGGGGGGCACCCAGGCAGGGGUAUCAGGAUCCAUCCCUGGUGCAUGGGCAGGCUUUUAGGAGCCUGGUGCCUGUGGUGUGAUGCCUCGUGCAGCCUUGGUGCAGUGGGGAUGGGCUUGGACCUGCCUAGGCUCAGUGUGCCGGGCUUUGCUGACUCCCCAUGGGAGACCUUGAUUUGGGGGAUAUGGGGAUGUUGGGUGGCCUGGGAGGGAGGGCUGGAGGGUGGGAGGAGGGAGGAGGUGGGAUCUGUGGGUGGUAUGUAGAGUGAGUAGAAAAUUUCUUAAAGAAAAAUGAAAAAAAAGUUUAUAAAUUUACCAUGCUAAAAGAAUUUUUUAUUUUUUCUAAUAUAUAUUAUACAUUUUAAUUUUUCUAAUAUGAAAAUAUUGUGUCCAAUUUUGUGACUGAUUUUAUCAUAAUCAACACAACUAUAUUCUGAAUUCCUGAUGAACCUUGUGUGGUCAAGAUACAGAUGCAGAAGUAUUUUAAUAAAAGUCAUAAUAUAAUGCCUUGUUAAAGUAAUCAUCAAUUUGAACCAAGUUACAGAGAGACUAAUGACUAUAGAUACAUAGGCGCUACAGCAUUUGUCACAAAUAUUAGAGAAAGAUGAUACUUAAAACACUUAAUAUUUUCUAAUUUUAACUGGUUUCAGUACUUGUUUUUCAAAUAAUAACUUUUAAGAGGGGUGAUAAAGAGUAGUAAAGAGAAGACGAGAAUGGGAGAAUAGAAACUUACAGGAAAGAAAUGAGAUUACAGAUUUAAUGGGGGAAACAGACAAAUAUUGACUUUCUUUUUUUCUUUCCUCCCUUUUUUUUAUUAAGGGAUUUUCCAUUCAUUUUACAUAUCAACCACAGAUUCCCCCGUCCUCCUUCCUCCCACCUCUCAGCCCUCCCUCCAGCCCCCUCAUCAGCCCUCCAAGACAAGGUCUCCCAUGGGGAGUCAGCAGAGCCUGGUACAUUCAGUUGAGGCAGGUCCAAGCCCCUCUUCCCUAUACCAAGGCUGCACAAAGUGUCCCACCAUAGGCACCAGGCUCCAAAAAGCCAGCUCAUGCACUAGGGACAGGUCCCACUCCCACUGUCUGGGGCCCCCCCAAACAGUUCAAGCUAAUCAACUGUCUUGCUUAUCCAGAGGGCCUAGUCCAGCACCAUGGGGGCUCCUCAGCCAUUGGUCCACAGUUCAUGCGUUUCCACUAGUUUGGCCAGUCGUCUCUUCACCCUUUCCAAUCGUGGUCUCGAUAUCUCUUGCUCAUAGAAUCCCUCCUCUCUCUCAUCGACUGGACCUCUGGAGCUCCACCUAGGACCAGUUCUUGGAUCUCUGCAUCUGCUUCCAUCAGUCACUGGAUGAGGGUUCUAUGAUGACAGGGUAUUCAGCCAUCCGAUCACCAGAGUAGGUCAGCUCAGGUACCCUCGACCACUGCCAGUAGUCUAUGGUGGAGUCAUCUUUGUGGAUUCCUGGGGACCUCCCCAGCACCCUGCCUCUCCCAAUUCCCAUGGUGCAUUCACCCAUCACUGUGUCUCCUUCCCUCUUCUCCCACUCUUCUGAUACAGCUCCCAUUUCUUAGUUGUUGCUCUCAGUGUCUGUGCUACUGGUGUUAUAUUUAGGAAGUGAUCUCCAGUGCCAAUGCAUUUGAGACUACUUCCUACUUUCUCUUCUAUCAGGUUCAUUGUAACUGGAUUUAUGUUGAGAUCUUUGAUCCACUUGGACUUAUGUUUUGCGCACAGUAAUAGAUAUGGAUCUAUUUGCAAUCUUUUACAUGUUGACAUCCAGUUAUGCCAGCACCAUUUGUUAAAGAUGCUUUCUUUUUUCCAUAGUAAAGUUUUGGCUUCUUUGUCAAAAAUUAGGUGUUCAUAUGUGUGUGGAUUAAUGUCAGGGUUUUCAAUCGAUUCCAUUGGUCCACAUGUCAGUUUUUAUGCCAGUACCAAGCUGUUUUUAUUACUGUAGCUCUAUAGUAGAGCUUGAUGCUGCCAGAGGUUGCUUUGUUGUACAAGAUUCUUUUCGCUAUCCUGCGUUUUUUGUUUUUCCAUAUGAGGUUGAGUAUUGUUCUUUUGAGGUCUGUGAAGAAUUGUGUUGGGAUUUUGAUGGGGAUUGCAUUGAAUCUGUAGAUUGCUUUUGGUAAGAUUGCCAUUUUUACUAUGUUAAUCCUACCUAUCCAUGAGCAUGGGAGAUCUUUCCAUUUUCUGAUAUCUUCUGCAAUUUCUUUCUUCAGAGACUUAAAGUUCUUAUCAUACAGGUCCUUCACUUGCUUAAUUAGAGUUACCCCAAGGUAUUUUGUAUUAUUUGUGGCUAUUGUAAAUGGUGAUGUUUCUCUGAUUUCUUUCUUAGCCCAGGUGUCAUUUGUAUAUAGGAGGGCUACUUUUUUUUUUUUUUAGUUAAUCUUGUAUUCUGCCACAUUACUGAAGGAGUUUAUCAGCUGUAGGAGUUCCUUGGUAGAAUUUUUGGGGUCACUUAUGUAUACUAUCAUGUCAUCUGCAAAUAGUGAAAGUUUGACGUCUUCCUUUCCAAUUUGUAUCCCUUUGAUCUCCUUUUGUUGUCUUAUUGCUCUAGCUAGAACUUCAAGUACUAUAUCAAAUAAAUAUGGGGAGAGUGGAUAGCCUUGUCUUGUUCCUGAUUUUAGUGGAAUCACUUUGAGUUUCUCUCCAUUUAAUUUGAUGUUGGCUGUUGGCUUGCUGUAAAUUGCCUUUAUUAUGUUUAGGUAUGUUCCUUGUAUUCCUGAUCUCUCUAGGACCUUUAUCAUGAAGGGGUGUUGGAUUUUGUCAAAGGCUUUUUCAGCAUCUAAUGAGAUGAUCAUAUGGUUUUUUUUCUUUCAGUUUGUUUGUAUGGUGUAUUACAUUGACAGAUUUUCAUAUGUUGAACCAUCCUUGCAUCCCUGGGAUGAAGCCUACUUGAUAAUGGUGGAUAAUUUUUUUGAUAUGUUUUGGAUUCAGUUUGCCAAUAUUUUGUUGAGUAUUUUGCAUCAAUGUUCAUGAGGGAGAUUGGUCUGUAGUUCUCUUUCUUUGUUGCAUCUUUGUGUGGUUUGGGUAUCAGGGUAACUGUAGCCUCAUAAAAAGAGUUUUGUAAUGUUCCUUCUGUUUCUAUUGUGUGGAACAAUUUGAAGAGUAUUGGAAUUAGUUCUUCUUUGAAAAUCUGGUAGAAUUCUGCACUGAGGCCAUCUGGUCCUGGGCUUUUUUUGGUUGGGAGACUUUUAAUGACUGUUUCUAUUUCCUUAGGGGUUAUUGGCCUAUUUAAAUAGUUUGUCUGGUCUUGAUUUAACUUUGGUAUGUGGUACCUGUCCAGGAAAUUGCCCAUUUCUUUUAGAUUUUCCAAUUUUGUGGCAUACAGGUUUUUGAAGUAUGACCUGAUGAUUCAGGUCUGUUUUUAUUACUGUAGCUCUAUAGUAGAGCUUGAUGCUGCCAGAGGUUGCUUUGUUGUACAAGAUUCUUUUCGCUAUCCUGCGUUUUUUGUUUUUCCAUAUGAGGUUGAGUAUUGUUCUUUUGUUAUGUCUCCCUUUUCCUUUCUGAUUUUGUUGAUUUAAAUGCUCUCUCUCUCUGCCUUUUGGUUAAAUUGGAUAAGGGAUUGUCUAUCUUGUUGAUUUUCUCAAAGAACAAACUCUUUAUUUCAUUGAUUCUUUGUAUUGUUCUCUUUUAUUGAUUUCGGCCCUCAAUUUGAUUAUUUCCUGGCAACACUCCUGGGUGAGUUUGCUUCUUUUUCUUCUAGAGCUUACAGGUGUGCUAUUAAGUCACUAGUGUGAGAUUUCUCCAUCUUCUUUAUGUGGGCAUUUAGUGCUAUGAAUUUUCCUCUUAGCACUGCUUUCACAGUGUCCCAUAAGUUUGGGUGUGUUUUACUUUCAUUUUCAUUGAAUUCUAGGAAAUCUUUAAUUUCUUUCUUUAUUUCUUCCUUUACCCAUUGAUGUUUCAGGUGGGCAUUAUUCAGUUUCCAUGAAACUGUAGGUUUUCUGUAAAUUUUGUUGUUUUGAAAUCCAACUUUAAGCCAUGGUGAUCCCAUAAAAUACAGGAGGUUAUUCCAAUUUUUUUGUAUCUGUUGAGAUUUGCUUUUUGACCAAGCAUGUGGUCAAUUUUUGAGAAGGUUCCAUGGGGUGCUGAGAAGAAGGUAUAUUCUUUUGUGUUAGGGUGGAAUGUUCUGUAGAUAUCUAUUAAGUUCAUUUGAGUCAUAACUUCUGUUAGGUCCCUUACUUUUCUGCCAAGUUUCAGUCUGGUAGAUCUAUCCAGUGGUAAGAGUGGUGUGUUGAAAUCUCCCACUGCUAGUGUGUGGGGUUUGAUGUGCGUCUUAAGCUUUAGUAAUGUUUCUUUUACAAAUGUGGGUGCCCUUGUAUUUGGGGCAUAAAUGUUCAGAAUUCAGAUUUCAUCUUGGUGGAUUUUCCCUGUGUUAAGUAUGUAAUGUCCAUCCUGAUCUCUUUCAAUUGAUUUUAGUUUGAAGUCUAUUUUGAUAGAUAUUAGGAUAGCUACACCAGCUUGCUUCUUAAGUCCAUUUGAUUGUAAAGUCUUUUCCCAGCCUUUAAAGUUGAGGUAUGUUUCUUGUAUGCAGCAGAAGGAUGGAUCCUGUUUUUGUAUCCAUUUUGUCAGCCUGUGUCUUUUUAUAGGUGAAUUGAGACCAUUGCUAUUAAUGGCCAUUAAUAACCAGUGAUUGUUAAUUCCUGUUAUUUUUUUUUUUUUGGUGGGAGUAUUGUAUGUUUCUCUUCUUUGGUAUUUGUUGGUGUGGGAUUAUCUAUUGCCUGUAUUUUCAUGAUUGUAUCUAACUUCCUUAGGUUGGAUUUUUUCCUUCUAGUGCUUUCUGUAGGGCUGGAUUUGUGGAUAUAGUAGUCUGGGUUGGCAUCCAUGGUCUCUUAGUGUCUGCAUAACAUCUGUCUAGGACCUUCUGGCUUUCAGAGUCCCCAUUGAGAAGUUAUUCUGAUGAGUCUGCCUUUAUAUAUUACUUGGCCUUUUUCCUUUGCAGCUCUUAAUAUUUUUUCUUUAUUCUGUAUGUUUAGUGGUUUGAUUAUUAUGUGGUGAUGGGGUCUUUUUUUUUUUUUAAUCCAGUCUAUUUGGUGUUUUGUAAGCUUCUUGUAUCUUCAUAGGCAUUUCCUUAUUUAGGUGGGACAGUUUUCUUGAAUGAUUUUGUUGAAUAUAUUUUCUGUGCCUUUGAGUUGGUAUUCUUCUCCUUCUUCUAUCCCUAUUAUUCUUAGGUUUGGUCUUUUCAUGGUGUCCCAAAUUUCCUGGAUAUUUUGUGUUAUGACUUUUUUGGCUUUAGUGUUUUCUUUGACUGAUGAAUCUAUUUCCUCUAUUGUAUCCUCUGCUGUGGGAUGGUCUGUAUGUCAAGUGUGUUGCUGAUUGGUCAAUAAAUAAAUCACUGAUUGGCCAUUGGCUAGGCAGAAAGUAUAGGCGAGACAAGGAGGAGAAUAAAGCUGGGAAGUGAAAGGCUGAGUCAGAGAGACACUGCCAGCUGCCACGAUGAGAAACAGCAUGUGAAGAUGCUGGUAAGCCACGAGCCAUGUGGCAAGGUAUAGAUUAAUAGAAAUGGAUUAAUUUAAGCUAUAAGAACAGUUAGCAAGAAGCCUGCCAUGGCCAUACAGUUUGUAACCAAUAUAAGUCUCUGUGUUUACUUGGUCGGGUCUGAGCGGCUGUGGGACUGGCAGGUGAGAGAGAUUUGUCCUGACUGUGGGCCAGGCAGGAAAACUCAAGCUACAAUCCUCCAUGCCAGAGAUUCUCUCUUCUAUCUCUUGCAUUCUGUUGGUUAUGCUUGCAUCUGUAGUUCCUGUUUGUUUACUCAGAUUUUCCAUUUCCAGCCUUCCCUCAGUUGUGUCUUCUUUAUUGCCUCCAUUUCAGUUUUCAAUUCUUGGACUGUUUCAUUCAUCUGUUUAAUUGCUUUUUCUUGGCUUUCUUUAAGGGAUUUAGUGAUUUCUUCCAAAUUUUUGUUUGUCUUUUCUUUGAAUUAUUUAAGGGUAGGUUUCAUUUCUUCUUUAAAAGCCUCUAUCAUCUUCUUAAUGUCAUUUUAAAGGUCUCUUUCUCCUGCUUCUUCUGUUUUGGGAUGUUUAGGUCUUGCUGAUGUAGCACCACUGGGUUCUGAUGGUGCCAUAUUGGUCUUUAUGUUGUUGACUAUAUUUUUGCACUGGCAUCUACCCAUCUUUUCCUCCAAUCCGUGCAAGUGCUGUCUGUGUCUAAGGGAGCCUCUUUUGAUCUGGUUGAUACUCUUUGUCUAAUGGGAGCUCUUGGUCCAAUCUGUGCAGUUCCCAAUCGGUACAGUGUGUGCUUAUGUCUCUGGUUUUCACUGAUGUCAUGGGGGGCUGUUUUCUGUUCCCAAUAGGUGCAGGUGGGGCUUGUGACUCUGGUUUUUACUGUUGUUGCAGGGGGAUGUUUUCUUGGUUAGGAAAUAUGGGAAGGGGCAGCUGGCCCGUCCCUGGAGCUCCAAUGGCUUGGGGGCUAGGGACCUGGUCUGCCCAGUCCAGAGAUGUGGCCUUACCUAUUCCCAAUAGGUACAGGUUGGCUAUUCCUUUCUAAAUAAAGAAAAUCACUUUACAAUAUUCUGUUUCUCCUGGUGAAUAUUUGGAUAGAAAAAGGUGUAACAUUUAAAGCUUAAGCUUUGAGAAUCUUUGAAAAUGUUGUAAGUUCCAAGAAGGGGUUUUAGGGUGUAUAAAUGCAAGUUUAUGUAAGGUCUGAGGAUGUUAAGGUUUAAGUUGUGAUAAGAAAGUGAUUUAAGGUAUAUAAAAAGAAAGAAUAAUGCUUCAGAUUUCUUUCUCUUCCUGUGCUGCUGUUAAUGAAGAACCAAAGCAUUCCCAUUUCAAGCAAGCCCCUCACCCCAGCUUGAAACAGGCCUGAGUUUCAAAAUUCUCAGAGCUGCUGACAUAGGUCCCAGGACAAAGUCAGGAUGUUUCAAGAGCCAUCUGGUAACAACUGAUUAAACACAGAAUGCCCCGAUGCCGGAGAUGGUCAAAGUACAAAGUCAGGAUGUUUAAAGGACUGUCUGGUAGCAAUUGAUUAACCACAGAAUGCCCCAAUGCCAGAGGUAGUCUACAAAGUUUAACAAACAACUGGUUAAAACUACAAAGUAAGAUAACACAGAAAUUCUGAAAAGCCCCUAAAACUUGAGCCAAUCAGAAUUGUACCCAUACUAGCACCCCUAAAUGAUGCAACCUUGUGGUUUUUGUCUUUAAAAACUGAGCUUGCAGAGGGGCAGACACCUCCUCUAGCUCUGCUGUGUUUGGGGUGCUUGACUGAGGUCCCUGUUGCGUGGCUUGAACUGCUUCAAUAAACCUUGCUUUUGUAUUUCAGUGA